UCCACGCCUGCCAACACCGGUUUACUGCUGCCUUCCCUGUUCUUUAUCCUCUCCCCUGGCCGAGCUCGUCCACCGAUCAUCGAGCAGAAUUGGCUUUUUCUUGGUGCUCCACGUUGCUUAGAGCGAGGAAAUUUCAGGUCUCCUCCGAGAAAUCGCGACUCUUUUUCGUUUUCUUUGGGAGCGGGCUGGUAAAAUUUUGAAGCUUCGUUCUUCCGAGUUCAUAAUUUGGUUCCUCUCCAGUAAUUUCUGAUGGCAUCUUGGUACUCUGCAUCAUGUUAUAUUGUUAUUUCUAUGAUAAAAAUCGAUUUUUUCUGCUGAUUGCGGUAGAUCCUUGGCUUUUUUCGGCGGAGUUGGUUGACCUUGUAGCUUUUCUGCCCCCAGUGUUUGGUUCAUCCGUUUGUUUGAUGGAGCGCUUAGUCGAGUGGUUCCAAAAUCAUUUCUUUCUAUCUUUCGAAGUGCUUUGAUCUUCUGUAUCCCAUGCUUUUGAUGUCAAAAGAGCGAUCUUUUUAUCUUCCUUCUAUUGUGUUUCAAGUGGUUCGAGUUCUCGGCAUUCUUUGGGGGGGCAAUAUAUCUUAUUUACCGAGCUGGAUUUGGGUGUUUCAGCGAUCUAAAGCGACCAAAGGAGGCGACGAUCGAAGCUGUCCUGGUCAAAGAGCGGAAGCAGUAUGCGGUGGCUGUGUCUCUCAGUCGAUGUUCUUCGGAAAGGCGUCUCCUUGAACUUGUACUGUCGGGUCAUACUGUAGCUCGACUUGCCUCUCCUCUGGCUCGCUCUUUAUCUCUGUUUCUGGUCUCAAAGCACUCUUGUGUUUCUCCUCCGAGUCCUUGUUGCUUUCUUCCUCAAUUCUACCGGGAUUUGCUCUUCUUCGUUCCGUAGAUUCAUCUGGUUCUGUUAUUCCUGUCCUUUUUCUCUGCAUCGCUUUUGGGUUUCUGGUGGACUGGUUCGAUCUUAAGCGCAAGAAAGAGAAGUAAUGGUGUGCCAAGCUGCGGCUCAGACGAGAUUCCGAGCAUUGAAACAUGAGAGUGGGAUUGCUGGUAGCUCCACCAUAAUCGUUAGGAUCAUAGCUUGCUUCCAGCCAUUACAGGAUUGCCAGGCCGAGUACUUCCGCCACCUCCUCAAGCCGGUCACGUAGAUUAGCUUCUGUUUGCUUUGCUGAAUAAGGCUGUGAUUAUUGCAGUUGCUAGUAGAUAAUCUUGUGGAAAUAACAUUUGAUCUUUGCUGAUUGCCACCGGUGCUUGCUUUGUGGGGGUGUCACUGAUGAAGAAAUACCCUGAUCCUUGGGUCAAUAUGCCUCAAUCAACAUGGCGGUUUAGUAGCUUGAACUCUGCCGCUGAUCUCCAGAAGCCGGAUAUCAGCCGACAGAAUGCGCCAUUCAGGGCGUUCCCUAACUACAUCAACCCCUUUGGCUGCUCCUCCUCUGGUAACGCUGCCGCACCGUUCCCUCGGAUUCCAGCGCGCAUAUCUGCUGAGACCAUGCCAACUUUGAAUCCUCCUGCAAUCCCCACCUUUGGCACACCGGAGUUUGCUGGAUCUCACAAGAGAUUUAUGGGUUUCAGUCAGUCAUGGGAUCAAACAAGCUUAAUUUUCAGCUCAUCAUGGAACCCAUAUCUGACUCUUAAUCCUACAAAUCAAAGCCUGGACCUUCAGGGGAGCAACGAAGUGGUUUCCGUUGGACACGGAGGAGAGGAGAUGCAUGAAGAUACCGAUGAAAUCAAUGCACUUUUGUACUCAGACUCCGAUGAUGAAGAUUACGGGGAAGAGGAGGCCAGCACAGGGCAUUCCCCGAUCGAGCCAACAGCAGGGAGCUCAUCGGAGGUAGCUAGCUCUGUCCUCCCUGUCAAGAGGAAGAGAAUUGAUGUGGAUGAGCCUGAUGCUUUGCUUGCAGACACAGCAAGCUCCCACCAUCAUGACCUUGGUUUGGAAUUCAGGAACAGAAAUACCAACACCGAUGGUGAAUCGAGCUGUGUGAGGGGAGAGGACCAGGACCGCAAGCGGAUUAAGAGGGAGAAGAUACUAGAGACGGUCAGGGUUCUCAGGAGGAUCAUCCCAGGCGGGAAGGGAAAGGAUGCGGCCACCGUCCUCGACGAGGCCAUCUGCUAUCUGAAAUCUCUCAAGCUGAAAGCCAAGGCUUUAGGUGCUACGCCACUGUUGGAACUCCGAUCUCGCGAAGCGAAACGAUCGGCAAUGGAGAAGGGCGAGCAUUCCGCCGAGUACGCCCCCUACCCGAAGCUCACUCCCGAAGACGUAGCGCCGCCUCCGCCGCUCCCUGUCGGCCACCUCGACGCCACCACAGUGCCGCCCGAGUCCAACCCCUACAUCAGCCCUUCCGCCAAUGCGCCGUCCUCGUCCCCCAAGAAUACGAUGGGCACUGUGCGCGAUGUGCUUGACAAAUUUGGGAAGAAAGUCAACGAAGCAACGAAGAAGACUGAGGAUUUGGCUGGGAAUUUUUGGCUGCAUUUGAAAACAGGGCCUAGCAUUGCUGACGCAGCCAUGGGGAGGAUUUCUCAGACUACUAGAGUCAUAAGUGAAGGGGGUUAUGAUAAAAUAUUUCAGCAAACUUUUGAGACAUUUCCUGAUGAGAAACUUAAAAAGUCAUAUGCGUGCUAUCUUUCAACAUCGGCUGGUCCUAUUAUGGGGGUUUUGUAUCUUUCAACUGCCAAACUUGCAUUCUGUAGUGAUAAUCCCCUAUCAUACAAAGUUGGAGAUCAGACUCAAUGGACAUAUUACAAGGUGGUAAUUCCUCUGCAUCAGAUAAGAUCAGUCGAUAGUUCAGCAAGCAGAGCAAAGCCAGGAGAAAAAUAUAUUCAAGUUGUUUCUAUCGACAACCAUGAGUUCUGGUUCAUGGGUCUUGUGAACUAUGAUAGUGCUGUCAGAAACCUACUGGAAGCAGUGCAUGGUUCUCGUCUCCAAGUUUAGUAAUCUGUUCGGAUUUGGGAAAGCAAUUUUCAUGAAGUUCAUGCUUGUUAGCAGAACUGUUGUGCCUCAGAUGCUCUUUUCCCCGCAUCAUGAACAGUUUUGUCUCUCAAGUUCUUCACAAGAUCAGGAAGGAAGCAGUUGUCAUCGGGAUACCGUAUCAUUUCUGCAAGAACCGAGGUGGUUUAAAGGCAUUUUACAGUUUCCGUAUACAAAAAGCAGGGAUCAUUCCACCAUGUGGGGCUGCAAUCAGGUGAACCCUAACGCUAGUGAAACAAUCGAUAGGAAAGAAGAAAACCAGGUGCCAGGUACGUGUUUCUUGACAUGUGUUUGUUUUCAAGGUAGUAUAUGAUUUGGGUAGUAGACGGAAGAUGUGACCAAAGGCGCGCGCGGGCACACACACACACAGGCUUUGUAUCGUAAUCACAUCAGGACGUGUCCUCUUCCUGCCAAUGUCGCAUCACCCAAAGUUGCACGUGAUUUCGUCCCUCUCCUAUACCGCCUCUCAUCACACACAGAGAGAUAUAUGUGCACAAUGUUACUAGUCAUAAAAUGGAUCUCUCUCUCCAAAACUAUAGUCUCCUAUAUUUCCUUAAAAAAUAUUGUAAUAUAAUCUUAAACAUUAAUAAUAUUCAUUUUAGGCCCUUUA